CACUCGGAGCAACAUCACCUACUACCAAGACCUUCGAUAUUGUUCUACUUUUUCUUAACAUCUGACAGAAUGCAGGUGCCGAACAGACCAAUGGGAGCUUAUGGAUACCCUAUGCGUAAUUACGCAUCAGCGUCGCUGUACCCGCAGUACCAGGGGAGCCAGUGCACAUCGAUAACGAAGCCUCAGAGUGGGAAAUCGUUCACUAUUGAUGCUUUGCUCGCCAAGCCGGAGGAAAGCAAAAACUGCAGGGCCAGCCCCACUCAGUGCGGAGAGAAAUAUCACCCAGCAGCCCCAGCUCUGCCCUUUAAUGGACACGUAGGCUUACAGAUGGCAGCAGCACCUUACGCUUACUCUCCCAACAUGUUGCACUCUGCGCUCCACUCACAGCCUGGAUAUUCAGUGUACUGCUACCCGCCUUUCACCUACCAGUCAUCGUGUCGGGGAGCAUUUUACGCACAAGCCUCUAUGUCCAAAGUGAAUGCAGGGCUUCACUUGUUCAAAACCAAAGGUGGGAAGUCUAAGCGCAUGCGCACCAGCUUCACCAGCGAGCAGCUCUCCCGGCUGGAGAAGGAGUUUGCCCGGCAGCAGUACAUGGUCGGAUCCGAGAGAUUCCUCCUGGCUUCGGCUCUACAGCUCACAGAAGCUCAGGUCAAAGUGUGGUUCCAGAACAGACGCAUCAAGUGGCGCAAACAGAGUCUGGAGCAGCAGCAGGCCAAGCUAGGCCAAGCUGGGCCUGGCAGCUCCGCCAAAAGCCCCGGAUCUCAGGGCCACGGAGAUGAUGAGGAUGAGGAGUUCUCCGACCUGGACGUGGUGUCUGAUGACUCCACUGACCACUGCUGACCGAACAACACUGGACUUAAUGAGGCUAAGACUUUUGUACAUACUGCUGAGAAAGGAGGAAUGUGUCUCCAAAUAUGAAUAUUUAUUAGAUGUAUAGUUAUAUAUUUAAUUGUCUUGCUCUUUGAUUAGUUCACUUGAAAUGUUUUUUUACAUUUGAAUGACAUUUUUCAGAAAUAUAUUUUAUGACAUCAAUUGCAA